AUGGACGUUUCCGAAGCGAUGGACGUCGAGAACGGAGCGUCGGCCAAUCAGAAGCACGUGCAAAUCAGCUUUUUCAAUGAGGACGAUGAGUGAGUAGACAAUGACUUGAACUUUGAAAAAACGUGUGAAUGCCGCCAAAUAUUCGAUGUCUUUCACUCCAAAAUUGCUGCUUUUCAUGUCAAACUGAACAAGAUUUAUACCCGUCCCCUCCUAGAAUAUGGUUGUGAAAUCCUGGAUCUCACAUGUGUCUCACUCUCUAAUAAAGUCGUGAGACUGAAAACUGGUAAAACAAAAAUGAGUAAAUUGGUUUUCUUGAAACACGAAAAAAUUUGAACAAACUUGCAGAAGUAUUCAAAUUCCGGACUCUGUGUUCGACGUGCCCACUUCAGUGGAGAGCGACGAUUUGAAUUUGUUGCUGAACAAAACGAUCGAAGCGAGUGAUGGUGAGCUUUUUAUAAAGUUUUGGAUGCUUAGUUACUUGGUUACUUGGUGUCCGUUGAAUCCAGCGAAGUUUGACGCGCUGCGGACAAAGUCAGUCCGAUCACGGGCGUAGGAGGACCACGUGAUUUUCGGGACCAUAUUUCCUCCUCUUUGUCUUGCUGGGAUCACGUUCCCGGGUUUUGCUGCUGAGCCCGUCCCGUCCUCGGCUCCUUUGGUUAGCUCUCGGCAUUCGGUUGCGACUUUGGAUCAUCGUUCGUCGUCUCUCCGCGCCAUAGUCUCGGACUGAAGUAUGGGGAGCACCAGAUGGGACUUCCGAGAGAUUGAGCGGCGAUUUUGAUUCCGUCCGGCUAGCUGUCAGAGAGAUCUAUUGGGUUUGGCCAUGAUUUGGAGAGGGACUUCUCGAGGGCCUUUGGUUGAGCGGUGGGUCCCGCGCUCGUCCAUUUUUUUUGCGGGGAAUUUUGAGUUCAGACAGUGGAGGCGGUUCCGGGCGAGAUUGUUGGGGAUCAGGAAGCCAAUCCGUCCGAGUUUCCGGCGAUUAGAUCUCAACUGAAUAUUUCAUUCAAAAAAUUGCAGACGGCUGGAAAGAGCGUCGAUUCGAAUUUCUGGUCGGCGAGACGUUUUUGCGAACGAGUCUGGCCGAAUUCAUCGAGGAAUACGAAGUGGAGACGGUAAGCAAGCAAUUCUUAAUUGGACUUUCACAAUUAUCGCCGCAAAUUCACUCGUUUGCAGGAAACCAUCCUCAAAGUCGAGUGUGUGAUCGGAAUCGAGGCGCCGAAGCCGUUGCACGACAUUCAGGCGCCCGAUUGGGUGUCCUCCGUGCAAAUUGUCAAUAAUCAGUGAGUUUGUGCACAAAUUCCUAUGGCAAACUGGAUUUUCUACGAUUCUUGUCAAGCUCCACUGAUUUACAAUGAAAUUUGCAAUGUUUCCAGCAUCUUCUCGACGACCUACGGCGGAGACAUUGUCAUCGUGGACCGGAAGGGAAAAGAGACAAAGUUGGCGGUGAACUCGGCGAAUCGCCUUCUCAAGUGCAGUUCGAUCGUCAAAACGGCGCCGAGUGAGUGGGCUUUUGAGAAUUCGCACUGAAAAUGGCUUCUGUUUGCAGAAAAAACGCAGUUGGACGGCACCGAAAUUCUUGUGGGCGGUGAGAAUCAACUGCUCACGCUGUACGCCAUCGAGAAAGGCGUUUUGACGGAAAAAGUGAGGAGGGCAUGAUUUUUGCAUUUUUUUUUUGCAAAGUGAUCAACAAACAAGAAACGUUUCCAGUUGAUUCUGCGCGGUCACGAACGAGCGGUCGAGUGCGUGGCCGUCAAUUCGGACGCCUCUCGCGCCAUUUCGGGAUCCGUCGACAUGAAUUUGAAAGUGUGGAACCUGGACGCGGCGGACGAGGCGACGAACUAUCAAAAAAUGGACGGGGACGUGGAGGAGACGGCGACGAAAAAGCGGAAAAAGGAGACGAAGACGAAGGUGCCGAUGGUGACGAUCGGCGGGCACAGGGACCGAGUGACUGCGGUCGAGUGGUGUCCGCGGAAGGAGACGCACGCGUUCUCCUCCUCCUGGGACCACACCAUCGUCGAGUGGGACCUCGAAUUGGGUUCGUUUUUCAAGGGUUGGCAUAGGUGGUGUGAAUUUUUUGAAAUCUAGUCGGCGCACUCUUUCGUAUGCUUGGCGAAACUGCAAUACUGCAGUCUGUGAACAACUUUAAGAACAUUUUCUUUUGAAACAGAGAAAAAGCGUGUGUUCUCUCUUCUCUGCGCUUCGGGAGAAUAUGUUUUUCUGCUUCCACACUCUGAAAAAGGUUUCAGCAUACCCUAUUCAUUCGACAAGAUUUGGUUUUUCGGAUUAGUCAGGUCUCAAUUCGCUUCGGGACCCGCCCCUCCUAAAAGUAGCUGCGCCUUUAAAAGAUCGCUCGCCGCGCGCGACCUUUUUCUCCGUUUGUCAACGAAAAACAAACUAUUUUUUUUUCAGCGGGAGAAGUGUCGCGGAUCAAAGGUCCCAAAUCGUUCACGAGCAUUUCGAUCCAUCCGACGACCGGAAUGCUCAUUUCCAGCUGCACUGACGCCGUGCCACGCCUCUACGACCCCAAAAAUCGAGGUAGAAUCUACGGAAAUUUUUGAACAUUUUUGCUGACUGAAAUUGAACGUUUCAGCGUAACAGUGACUUGAACGAAGUGAAAUUUGAGAUUGAAAAUUUUUUGAGACUGAAAUUGACCCAAAACAUUGGAAUUGCCGGCCCAGCCUUUUCGAGGCCUGGACUUUUGAGCCACUUGCAGUCAUCCGAUCGGAACCAAACUUUGCAGACUUUUUGGACUAGGAUUGAAGUACAUCGGGUCCAAAUUUCAGACCGAUCCGAUCAUCCGGUCCCGAGAUAUGUGGGUCAGAAGCCGAUGUUAGACGAAAAGCCCGGGCUUUCGGCCACUUCCGGCCAAUAAUCCACAUAUCUCGGGACCAGAUGAUCCGAUCGGUCUGAAACUUAGACCCAUAGAGCAAAAGAUUCAAUCCAAGUCUAAGAAGCCUGCAAAGUUUGGGUCCGAUCGGAUCAUUGCAAGUGAGCAAAAAGUCCAGACCUUUAGGCCAACCCCGAAUUCCACCCGAAAAUGCAGGAGAAACAAUUUGCAGACGGAGCAAUGGUGAAACAAUCGUUCGUUGGCCAUCAAAACGGAUGGGUGGAGGCGGUCAAAUGGAAUCCGGCCGAUUCGAACCAAUUUGUCAGUGUUUCCACUGACAAGACCGCCAAAAUGUGGGAUAUUCGGUAAGUCUUCCCUAUUUUCUUUAAUUGUUUCUUGAAAACUGGAGGAUUUGUGAUGCAAAUACAAUUUUGCAGCUCCUCGAAAUCGUCGCUGUUCGACAUUCACGGUCACGAGGACCGAAUUCUGUGCGCCGCCUGGAACGAGGGCCUCAUCGCCACCGGAUCCGCCGAUUGUACGCUCAAAAUUUUUGAGACAGCCUAG